UUUAUUAUUUAAACUAAUACAUUUAUAAACACACAAACGCUCUUUUCAUUGAACUUUGGGGUUUAAAUAUUCUUAUAUAAAUCAUCCCACCAUUUUCUGUGUUCACUUAUAAUAAAGGCCAGUCAACAACAAAUUUUACUAACCUUGAUGUUAAUUAGCAAGCUUAUUAUAGCCUAUUGAUUUUAUUGAUUGGUGGGUGUAAUGAUAUAAGAAUAAUGCAGAGGAGCAAUGGAACAACCUCAGCGGCAUGUGCCUCAUGCAAGCACCAACGUAAGAAGUGCACGGAGAAGUGUGUGCUGGCACCGUUCUUCCCGGCAGAAAAGAGCCUGGAAUUUCAGGCGGUGCACAAGGUUUUCGGGGUGAGCAACGUGACGAAGAUGGUGAAGAAUGUGAGCGAGGCAGAGCGGCAGCCGGCGGUGGAGUCGCUGGUGUGGGAGGCGGUUUGCCGGCAGAAUGAUCCGGUGUUAGGGUGCUUUGGGGAGUACAGAAGGGUGUGUGAGGAACUGAAGAUGUACAAGAGUGGUCAAUAUGAGUCAACGACCACAAACAUGGUCAUAGGGUGGAAUUAUAACAACAAUAAUACUACGAAUGGGAAUUCAAUUGUGGGAUAUAAUAAUUAUAGUAUGAAUCAUCAUCAUGCUCAUAAUAAUAAUUUUCAAAAGUUAAGGAGGGAUACUAAGAACAGCACGCCUGUUAUCUUGCCCCGCCAACUUCCCAUCAACGGUUUCAAUCAGCAAUAUUUUAUCACAGGUAAGCCAGGGCAGUAUAAUCCACCAGAUAGCAAGUCGAUGGACAACAGUCUUUGGGAUGGUGCCUCAUAGAGUCAUAGGAUAUAUACAUGUCUGAAGAAAAGAUACUACUCCUAUUUACUAGUCUGUUUGUUUUUCCACAAUUUUAUUUUAUUCGUAUGUGUAUUUAUUGUCUAUCUUCCACAAUUUGUAUGUUUGUACAAAUUAUGUUCUCACUUGCACGUACGGAUGGAGUACAUAUAUGUCAUAUGUGUGAGUGAUGUAAUUUAUAACGUUCAUAUAAUGAAAAAGUACCUUCCAGAGAAAAGUUACACUGUUGCA